UGUGAACCCCGGUUGAUUCUCGCCUAUUGAUUGUGUCGUACUAACAGCGUAGUGAAUAUUCUUUUUCUAUUCCGUUUUUCAAGAAAUUCACGCAAAAACUGAAAGUUAUCAGAAAAAUUAGAACACAAUUAAAUCAAAAUGACGCCGGAAGGAUAUACUCGCGUUUAUGUGGGUGGAUUAAACGAGAGUAUCAAAAAGGAAGAUCUUCAAACAGAGUUUGAGAAAUAUGGCAAACUAAACAAAGUUUGGAUUGCAUUCAAUCCACCAGGUUUUGCUUUUAUUGAAUUCCUAAAUAUGAAUGAAGCAGAACUUGCUUGCAGCAGUAUGAAUGGCACAGAGAUUAUGGGUGCUAAAUUAAGGGUAGAAAUUUCACGAGGCAGAGGUCGGGGUGGAGGAAGGGGUGGUAUGGGAGGAUUCAGAGGAAAUCGAGGUGGUGCUGCUAGAGGUUACGGCUCUGCUGCCUCUAUUGCAUUCAAUUACAGAGGAAACAAUAUGUAUGCGGAUUAUGGAGGUUAUUAUGCAGGCAAGGGUGGUGGAAGUAGAGGUAGAGACUACUAUGGAGAAGCCUAUAUCAAUCGUGCUGGUGGGUAUGUUACCCGAGAUGGAUAUACACAAGAUGUCUAUAAUAGUGGAGAGUCCAAUGCUGAUUAUUAUACCAACAAAGGCACUGGUACAUCAAGGUACCGAAGUCGCUCACCAGCUGGUCGUGGCAGUCAUCGUCAUCUUCGUGAAUGCACAUAAAAGAUCUACUACUGCAUUGCCAAUCUGAACUGCGGGCCAAUCAGCUGCCCACCCUGAUGACUACAUUUCUAUCCAAUCUACGCAGCGACCUGUAUAUAAACAAGAAUCUACCAUUGCAGAUCAAGUUGUGCAAUACCAUUUGUAUAGUAUACUUUAGUUCUGCAGUUUGUAAACGUUUUCAAAACAUUACUCAUUAUUCAUGAAGAAAAAAAACAUUACUGGAAAUUUUAUAUGACAUGAAAAUGAAUCAUGAAGAAAAUUGAAAUCAAGCUAUAUAAUCUUAGUCUGAAGUAUUUAUAUAUGUGACUUUUGUCUUAUUUAAACUUGGGGUAUUAUGUAUUUUUUAAUUUUAAGUUUUUUUUACAUAUAUAUUUUUUGUAUCCUUUUUUUAGUUUCUUUUUUAUAGAAGAACUGAAAAGAAUAUAGCCGAAAGAAAUUUAAAAUAGUUUAUAGAAAAAUACGAGAUAAGAUACUUCAUAAUUAAAUAAGUUUCUGUUUUUUUCUUUUUCACGUUUAAUGUGCUUUAAGAGAUUUCCAAUAUAAUUUUGUCUAUAAUUUUGUAUCACUUAUUAUGGACAUACUUAUUAUUUAAAAAAACAAACGAAAACGCAAAAAAAAUAUCGCCAAUUUUAGCCAAAUGCACACUACUGCUCGUAUAUGAUUGACUGUGCAACUUUGCCUUAAAACUUUUUAUAUAUCAUAUGAAGUCAAGAUUUAAAAGCUGCGAAAUUGAUUCGUUAUAAAUAAUUUAAAUUAAAGCAUUUCGAAGUAUAUGUGCAGAAAUAGUAUUGCAUUUGGAAACCUUUGAGCAUUUGUUGCUGUGAAUGCUUGAAUGAAAAGUAACGAAACAUGGUAAUGUUUGCCAUUGCUGUAAAUGAUAUGGAAUUGGAUAUCUAUUAAAUGAUUUGCUCUCACUACUA